UGACGUCACACGCCAGGGCGUGGCCUGGCCCUGGGUGGGGCGGGAGCCUAGGUGGAAAAGGAAAGAAGAGGAAAUAAAAGGGUAUCUGAGGUCCCGCUUCAGCGCCGACCGGUGAUGCCUGGCUCCUCCGAUGAGGGACUGCACGUAAACCUUUCUCCAAGAAAUCUCAGAAUAUCUUUGGAGGGUAGCGGUACAGGAGAAAAGAGGUCCGGUCUCGAAGAAUCCUGACGUUGGAGAUUACACAUCCAUCUUCGCAGCAGCAAAGCAAGAACCCCGGUCCCGUCGCCGACCCGCAAGUUAGUCCUUCCUUUGACCCGGAACAGCAGCGGGAGCCGCCUCUGCGCCCAAUGCCCACGUGCCGCAACAGCGGCCACGUGGGGCUCUGCGGAAACGCCUUCGCAAAGAUUUGUCCCCUGCGCUGCCCAGUAGAAAGGAAGGCCCGGGAAGAGAGCUGGAGGAAACGGUUUCUGUUUGGAGACAGGCCCUUUUGGUGGGUCCAUGAGUCUGGGUACUACAGCCAGGCCCCAGCCCAGGUUCACCAGUUCCCCUCUUCUUGUGAAACUGGUCCAGGCAGCCCUUCUGGACACUGCAUGAUCACAGGAGCAGCCCUCUGGCCCAUCAUGACGGCCAUCUCUUCCCAGCUGGCCACUCGGACCCACAGCCACUGGGUGAGGGUGAUACCUAGCCUGGCUUACUGUACCUUCCUAUUGGCGGUCGGCCUGUCCCGGAUCUUCCUCUUAGCACAUUUCCCUCACCAGGUGUUGGCUGGCCUAAUAACCGGUGCUGUCCUGGGCUGGCUGAUGACCCCCCGGGUGCCCAUGGAGCGGGAGCUAAGCUUCUACGGAUUGACCUCACUGGCCCUCUUGCUGGGUGCCAGCCUCAUCUAUUGGACCCUCUUUACACUGGGCCUGGAUCUUUCUUGGUCCAUCAACCUGGCCUCCAAGUGGUGUGAGCGGCCUGAGUGGGUACACGUGGAUAGCCGGCCCUUUGCCUCCCUGAGCCGCGACUCAGGGGCCGCCCUGGGUCUGGGCAUCGCCGUGCACUCUCCCUGCUAUGCCCAGGUACGGCGGGCAUACCUGGGACACGGCCAGAAGAUAGCCUGCCUUGUGCUGGCCAUGGGGCUGCUGGGCCCCCUGGACUGGCUGGGCCAUCCCCCUCAGAUCAGCCUUUUCUACAUCUUCAAUUUCCUCAAGUAUACCCUGUGGCCAUGCCUCGUCCUGGCCCUUGUGCCCUGGGUGGUGUACACGUUCAGUGCCCAGGAAACACCACCCGUCCGCUCUUCCUGACUUCAAGUGCCUCCUGUUGCCGCUUGCGCCCCCCUUCCCCCAUCAAAGCCAACACUCCAUGACCUCCACACUCCGGAAGGCAGCCCCAUCCCGUCCAGCUCCCAACAGGCCCUGCUCAUCCUCAGUCUCCCACUGCUCCACCAUCUGGUCUUAGCCCCAGAGAAGGGCCUUCUCUCUUCCCAGAAAGGCUGGUCGUCCUGCCCCCCUCCCCCGCCGAGUCCCCAGGGAGCUAAGGCAACAUCAAGACUAGUGGGCUCCUGUAACACUGUGAGGGGCUCAGAGCGGCCCCAAUAAAGCCCUUGAACACUU